AUGCAAGGUGCUUUUCUUCGAGUGUUUGUGGUGGCUUUGAGUCUGAUAGCAUAUCCAAAGGAGGACAUCAGGGUUGAGCAAAGAGAGGAUCUGGUCAAGGAGGGCAUGCGAUGGCAUGAAGAAAGGUUGCCAACAGAUGAAGGGGAACCAGAGCAGGAAAGGACAUAUAUCAGUGAGGAAGUUAAACCAAUAACUGUGCAUGAUGAACAAAAGGAUCCUACCAUCCCAGAUCAGUCAUUCAGUGUUAACAAGUCUUCGAGUGUUUCUCAGUUUAAUAAUUUCUCACUGGCUGAAAACUCGACCAUUGAGAGACAAGGACAUUUAACAGAGGAGUAUAGUAUUGAACACAUAUUACCAAAUGAUGGAGAUCUUUAUUUGGCUGAGGCAGAUUUAAGCUUGCCAAAGGGCAAGGGUGAACUUGAAACUCGCUCAAAGACACUGAAAGUAGAAAAUGAGGAUCAACCAGUUUUGCCUGAUGUAAAGAGCUCUUUAAAGCUAGAAACAGAUCCUCACUGUCAGAUCUGUAAAAAGAGAGAAGGCAUUCAGAGAAGUGGCUACUUCUGGGGCCCAAGCAUGUUACUGAGGAAAGAAGAACGGAUUGACCUGGAAGUAUUGAGCUCAGGGCAGAAAGUGCCACCAACAAAUCUCCUUGCUGAGACUUCAGAAGAGGACCAUUUAAAGACCACUACUGACUGGGGCAGUGAUUACCUGUCGUACAUGUGGAAUGCACUCUUCAUUUUCUCCACGAUCCGCUUCUUAAGGAAAUACCUGACUAGAUUUUCCAAUCAGCAACAUGAAUGCAACGCUAAUACCAUCCUGGUGAACAGCAUCUCCAGUGAAGUUUCACUGCCUGACAGCGGUACACUGCAUCGCUUUCAUGCUCAAUGUAUUCAACUCCCACCCAACAAGAAAUGGAGAGUGGGUGAAUUCUUGGAGGGAUUCGCAAAUGACUUGGUGCAGGCCAUGAAGACCACAAGUGACAGAGAUGUCGGUAUGGUGAUAGAAGACUUUCAGAUGGUGGAGGGCUCAUGCAAGAUAAUUGUACCCUUUGCAGCACCAGAGCCAUAUAGUUUUCAAUGUCAGCUCAGAUCUAAUAUGCAUCCAGACAUGCGAGGCUGUGGCAAUGUAAAAAUGGUGAGAAAUGUAAAAAGCCUAAAUGGGUGUCACUGUGAAACCUCUAAUAAAGGAGACGAUAUGCUCUGCCUGCUGCAUGGUGAGAAUGACAAAGUGGAGGCCAAAAUUACAGAUGUUUACGAUGGCCAGCUUUGCAUGAAAAGCACCCCCUUUCUCUCAAAAUCACAGGUUUCUAAAUGGUUUCGGAGCACUGUCAGACAGGCGUGGGCUCAGAUAUCGCACAAGUACGAGUUUGAGCUGAAGUUUCACAAUCUAGAUACUCUAGUAGUUCGAUUCAGAUCAGGGAAGAAGAUGAAUUUCAACAUGAGCCCUGUGGUGAAAUUGGACAAUACUGAUGCUUAUUUCUUCAUCUCGCCCGGCUACAUGAACUCCGACAUUUCCUGGACACUUUCCAUGACCAUCUAUGAGAGCGAAUUUUUAAAGCAUCUCUCAGAGGGCUUGCCCGAAAACUCUUGUCACAUUAAAGUUCUUGAGAUUAUGCACUUUCUUCAUAAGAAGCAGACGGUGCUGACCGGAGAUUGUUUUCUAGAAGAAUUACAUUUCAAAACCACGCUGAUGCAUCUGCUUUUGACCAAGGAGUCGUCUCAGUGGCACCCUGAUUUCCUGGCUUGCAGGCUCCAGGACCUGAUGGCUCUCAUGGAGGAGAGCCUGCGGCGGAGGCUGCUGCGUCACCUCCUCAUUGGCAACAAAACGAUUCAGACCGGCGUCAAACUGCCCGCUACAGUCGUGGAGACGGCGCCAGUUAAUCUCUUCUACCCUCUAGCGGCGGAUAUCCGUCUCUACACAAACACUGUGCGGCAUUUCGAGGAGACACUCAAAAACGCCCAUGCGCUUAUACAAGAGUAUGCGUCAAGCAAAUGA